AUUGUAUUAUGCCCAGUACAGAUUCAAUUCCUUCGCCAAGCAGUGGUAACCGUAGUAAAUUCACAUCAUAUUGUCUACCUGAAAACAUUAUCAACCAUCAUACGAACAAUUGCUAUGAUGACGAUUCUUUUGCAAGAGAUCUAUUACAACAGUUCGACAAACGGAGAUCAUUGCUUCAUAUAGAGCUAGGAUUUCAAUCCUCACAGGAAUCGUCGCCAGAGCCAUCUAUUACUUUUUUUCCAGCACCACCUGUGAUAUCCACAGACGUUAGGGCACAAUCGUCGCCGCCCUUUUUAAGCAACGAUGAACAGAUAGGUCAACAACAAGACGAAGACCGUGCUAGUGAGGGAGGUGUAAGGAGACACAGUAGCACAGGCCGACGGAGCCGACAUUCAUCCAAAUCAAAAAAAGAAGCCGUACUUAAUGCUCAUAGCCAUAUUUCAAGUAGCAAUAAUAGCAACAACAAAGGCAGCCAUCAGAACACGACCAGUAUAUUACGUAAAUCAUCUGCUUAUUUAAAGUCAAAAUUUGACUUGUUAAAAAAAAAGCAACAGGAGCCACAGCCUGAACAAACAUUCCACGAUAGAAGCAUGAAGGACAAUCCUACGAAAACGACAAUGGCAAAAGUUUGCAUGCAGACGACUAUUACUAUUCCAUCCAAAAAGUCACAGCUCAAGAAGAACAAAAAAGAGAACCACACCCAUCAGCCACAACAGCAGGAAGAGACUCAUCAUGCCCAGCAGCUUCUACAACAAUUUCCUUUUACUUCGCUACCUACCAUAAACCAAUAUCCACCAAAGCCUUUAGUUUAUUCCUCUCCUAGUAUAGAACCUUCAGACCAAGAGCAGCAGCAGCAGCAGCAGCAGCGAACAUUAUUGCAUCGAAUUUCUAUGCCUUUACUCUCAUCCGAUCCAUUUAAGAAAACUACGUUGGUACGCCAUAAGAAUAAGUCUAUGACUUCGCUCAACAGUGCUUUUAAGAGACGAAGCAAAUCUAUCACAAAAGUAUAAAGGUGGGGUGCGGGUAUGGAGACUCGUCUAAAUGAAAGUGUUGGCUAAAGUAAAAAAAAAAAAAAAAAAAA